UUAAUUAAUUAUAUGUGUAGUAUAUGUUUGUGUUUAUGCUUCUGUCAGUAUUUGAUAGUUUCUGUUUUUUUCUUCUGCUGCAUUCUUGACUAGAGUUUGUCUUGCAAGAUCCUUUUUCCUUUGGAUGACAUUUGCAUUCAUGUAUUCUUUCAUUUGUUACUCACUUCCAUGAUUGAUAUUCUUUAUGUGGAUGAAGUUUGUCAUUCAACUGAUUCAUUGUCUUCUGCUCCAUUCAUGUUUCUUUGUUUAUUGAUUGUUUUAGAAUGAAUUGUGGGUGGAAGGACGAUCUUUGAAAGAUUACACAAGAAAGUUUACCUUUUUCUUAUCUUGGUAAAUGGCCACUGUUUGUGUAUCUUAUGAAUUGGAGGGAAAGUUUUACUGGGAAAGAAUUCAUUCUUAUUUCAAAUUGAAAACAGCACCUUUGUCACUUAAGUUCUUCAUCUAAGUUUUCUCAGUAACUAAAUACAUAGGCUUCAAUGUUUUUCAGGUCUAAGGUUGCAAAAUUUUCCACAGGAGAAAACUACAUUCUUGAAUCUAGGAUGUUUUAUUCUGGACGCAUCUCUGUUCUCAUGGAGAACAAGAGUUAAGGCAAAAGCUUAUGGAUGCCAGAUUUGAACUUGAAACCACAAAGCAUCUCAAGACAGAACUGUUCAAUCGGUUGAAAAUGGCUUACCAAGAGAGGGAUGAAGCAAGGUGUCAGCUAGCUAAACUGAGGAACCAGUUCAUGCCCUCUAGUUCAAACAAUUUGCAAAACGCGUUUGAUAUGCAAAGUAAUUUCACCUUCCCUUCUGCUAUUAGAGCAACCUCAGGCAUAACAGAAUCUGAUAAUAGUCUCUCACAUGGUUCCCCACAAGUGGAAUUCUUAUUUGACUCUUCUACAGAGGUUACAAACAUCAACACAGUUAACCCAUUUGACAAAAUGAUUUAUCUCAAUCAGAAUCUGAUUCAAGACUUCAAUUUUUCAACACCCCAUGUUUCGAUGAUUCCUUCUAUAAAGCCAGUGUGUGAUCCUGCUGCUGCAGUUAUAGAUCGUCUUGCCAAUGAAAGAGGUUUGCCUCAAAUGGGUCAACUCCUUCAGGCUGUGAAAGAUGCUGGUCCAUUGCUUAAUACUUUGCUCCUUGCAGGACAACUUCCUACAUGGGUAAACCCUCCUCCUAUUGAAGAGAUCAAAGUGCCACCUAUAGCCAUAAAAAAGUGUGAUGUCACUAGCUUCAUUAAGCCUAACACUUUUGGAGAAAGUGGAAAUUCACUUCUAAAACCCAAGAUUCCAACUUUACAUCAUUCUUCAAAUGCUCUCUCCACUUGUUCUGCUUCCAUGCUCAACUUCGCUGGUCAAACCACUGGUUCAUGGAACAGCACAUGGCAGUUGAAUUCAACUUCUGGUGUCACUUCCAAGUCCCGUCAAUGAACGACAAAGGCAUUAAAUUUUUUAUCCCUUAGUCUCCUUUUUUCCAUAUAUGUAAAUGGCACACUCAGCUUUUGUUUUGAGUGAACCAGGAGAGAUAGCCUUUUGUUUUAAUUAAAAUGUUCAGAGCUCUGCAUUUGAAAGUAUAGGAAAAAUUGAAUUUUCGUAUUAUCAAAUGUAUGUUACAUCUUUGUGAUCUGAUAUUUUUUUCUGCCCAUACCCAUCAUAUAGUUUUGUUUGUCGAAUUCAACUAGAAUUUUAAACUAUUUCCUUCUCUCCUUGUCAUAUCAUCUUAAAUAUG